UCCUCCACCACCCUCUCCUUUACCUCCCAACUAAGCUCUCUCAUCGGCUCGUCCACCACCAAAGACAACUCCAAACCCGCGCCCGCACGCUCUCGUCCUCGCAAGAAAGACGACAUCUUCACGACCCACAAUCGCAACACCGCCAAGCGGGCCAAACGCGAUCUCGAAGCCGAUGUCUCCGGAACUUUCGCUCAAAAGCAUACCACGAAUGGAGAAGCACUGGGAAAAGAUGUGUGGGAACGGAGUAAGCGCAAAAUGGAGGAGAAAGCACGGCUAUACGCAGCGAUGAAACGCGGUGAUGUGGAGGACGCAGAUGAACGGUAUGCGGUGGACUUUGACACGAAAUGGGCGGAAGCACGAGCAGAGGGCAGGGAGGAUAGCUCGUCUGAUAACGGCUCAGAAGACGGCGAUACACCGCAAGAGGAAGUGGAGUAUAUUGAUGAAUUUGGUCGCACACGCAAGGGUACGAAACUCGAUGCCUUGCGCGCUCGAACCGCCAUCGACAGAGCGAACAAUGCGCCGCCGGCGGAUGAUCGCUUCACCGCCCGCCCUGUGGCGCCUUCGAGUGUGAUUUACGGGGAUACGAUUCAGCAUCAAGCGUUUGAUCCGGACGAGCCGCGGGCUGCGCAAAUGGCGGAAUUGGCGAAGAAGAGGGAUCGGAGUUUGACACCGCCGCCGGAGGAGCAUUUCGAUGGGAGGAAAGAGGUCAGAACUAAGGGUACUGGUUUCUUUCAAUUUGAUGCAGAUGAAAGCGUUAGGAAGGAGCAAAUGGCAGGGUUGGAGAGGGAGAGAGCGGAGACGGAGAAGAUGAGGAAGGAGAGAGAAAGUAAGCUGGGUGAGAGGAGGGCACUGAUUGAGAAGAGAAGAGAGGAGGUCAGGGAGAGAAAUUCGAGGAGAAAGGCGGAGGAGUUCUUGGAGGGCAUGGGA